AUGGCAUCCACAGACAAAGCCAGAGUGCUUCUGGUAGGCGCUGGCGGCGUCGGAGCCAUGGCCUGCUAUGCCUUGGAGUCUGGCGGCGGAGCAGAAGUCACCGCUGUCCUCCGCUCAAACUACGACGUAGUCGAACGCGAAGGCUUCUCCAUCGAUUCAAUCGAGCAUGGCAAAGGCAUCAAAGGCUUCCGACCCUCGAAGAUCAGGAAAUCCGUGCCAAAUGUGACUGAUGAAGACCUCCCGCCAUUCGACUACAUCGUGGUGACCACCAAGAAUAUCCUCGACGUGAGACCCAAUGUGCUGGACCUGAUCGAGGCAGCAGUGACACCAGGAGUUUCCGCGAUCGUUUUGCUGCAGAACGGACUGAACAUCGAACUGCCAAUUAUCGAACGCUUCCCGGACAACACUGUCCUCUCCGGCGUCUCCAUCAUUAGCGCUUCCGAACCUGAGAAAGGCCACAUCGUCCACGAGUUCACUGACACCUCGAAGGUCGGACCAUUCCCAUCGCUCAAAGUACCCUCAUCGGAGUCUGUGGCCGCAGCGAAAUGGUUCGUAGAGCUGUACAACAGAUGCGGUAGAGUCAAUUGCCAGUUCGAUGAGGAUGUCUCGUUCACCCGCUGGCGAAAGCUAGUGUACAAUUCCAGUUUCAACUCGGUCAGCGCAAUCCUCAACAUGGGCGUAGUCCGGAUGCGGAUGACGCGGCACGUCGUGGACGACCUGAUCAAGCCCAUCAUGGCUGAGAUUUUCGCCACAGCAAAAGCUGCUGGUGUUACGCUUCCGGAGGGUCUGGAUAUGCAAAUGAUUCGACUGGAUCCGCCGGAUGAGGACUUCUUGCCUAGUAUGGGGCAGGAUGCGGCGAAGGGGAAUUAUAUGGAGGUCGAAGUCAUUGUCGGAGCACCACUGAGAGAGGCGGAGAGACUCGGGGUUGCUACGCCCACGCUCAAGACGAUAUAUGGAUUGCUGCGAGGCCUGCAAGUCAAGGCCAAAGAGCGAAAGGGAGCCUGGAAAGCUGAGUUCGAGGAGGAUAACCCUUAUUACUGA